AUGGGAACGAUGAUCCUGCUGCACGGCUUCCACCUCCAGCGCAUGUGCAAAGGCGUCCUUAAGCGUGGCAUGGUGCCCGAGCCUCACAGGAGCUCUAAGUUCAAGGUCUUUUCGAACCAGCUAAUCUACCUCAAGGGCCCACUGCUGCAGGUUUUCGUUGAUGCGUUGCACGCGAUCUUUAAGCUGCACACGAAAGACGUGUUCCAGGUAAGCGUCGCCAUAUCUCGCCUCCAAUGCCUCAAGGAGCUGCUCGUAAGUCACGACCUUACCGAGAGCUUCCAGAACAGUUAA